GAAGCGGCAGCCCCGCCCGCGCCGAGUGGCGGCCGCCGCUGCCGCCACCGCCGCCCUUUCUCUCUCCGUCUCGGCUGCCGAUUGGGCAUCGAAGGAGGAGGGGGAGGCGGCGAGGAGGCUGCUCUCUUUUGGGAAGGAAGGAAGGAAAGGAAAGGAGAGAAAAAAAAAAAAAGAGGGCGGGCGGGCGCCUCCGCCGCUGCCGCCGGGCCCGCCCCCCUCGGCGCCUGUGCGGCUGCUGCUGCUGCUGCCCCGCUCCUGCUCCGCCCGGCCCGGCCAGACAUGCCCCGCUCUGGAGGCCGGGCUCGCCGAGGAGGACCAUGACUGCGGCGGCGAACGGGGCGAGCCUGGAGGACUGUCACUCCAACCUCUUCUCCCUGGCGGAACUGACAGGCAUCAAGUGGCGUAGGUACAACUUUGAAGGUCAUGGAGAUUGUGGACCUAUUAUCUCAGCCCCUGCUCAAGAUGACCCAAUUCUCUUGAGUUUCAUCCGAUGUUUGCAAGCCAAUCUGUUGUGCGUCUGGCGCCGUGAUGUCAAACCGAAUUGUAAGGAGCUAUGGAUAUUUUGGUGGGGAGACGAACCGAACCUGGUAGAUGUAAUACACCAUGAGCUACACAUGAUCGAAGAGGGAUUUUGGGAGAACGGGCUUUCGUACGAAUGCAGGACGCUACUUUUCAAGGCAAUCCACAACCUGCUGGAAAGAUGCCUGAUGGACAAAAACUUUGUCAGGAUCGGGAAGUGGUUCAUCCGUCCAUACGAAAAAAAUGAGAAGCCUAUUAACAAAAGCGAGCAUUUGUCCUGCGCCUUCACAUUCUUCCUCCACGGGGAAAGCAACGUGUGCACGAGUGUGGAGAUCGCACAGCACCAGCCGAUCUACCUUAUCAGCGAGGAGCACCUUCACAUGGCCCAAUCGUCUCCCAUGCCUUUUCAAGUGUUGAUCAGUCCGUACGGCUUAAGUGGUACUUUAACAGGCCAAGCUUACAAGAUGUCUGACCCGGCGACCAGGAAGCUAAUUGAAGAAUGGCAGUAUUUUUAUCCCAUGGUGCUGAAGAGGAAGGAGAGAGUGAAAGAGGAAGAGGAGCUGGGAUACGACGAUGACUUUCCCGUGGCCGUAGAAGUCAUUGUUGGUGGUGUCCGAAUGGUGUACCCUUCUGCCUUCAUUCUUAUCUCUCAAAACGAUAUUCCCGUGUCUCAGAGCACUUCCACCCCAGGAAGCCACAAUAGCGUGGCACAACAAGGAGCUGGAACCUUGAAAGACACCAGCAGUUGCGGAAUGUUGCUCACCCCACCCACUUCUCCGGAACAGACCGUCAUAGGUGACAGUGGAGGCAUUCCAACCAUCGUCAAUCAUUCAGCCGCACCAGAUGGAAUGGUCACUAUGCAGAGUCCCAAAAAAUCGGGGAAGAUGCCGCCCAAAUUUCAGAACUGUAUGGUCCACCGAGUUUGGAAAGAAUGCAUCCUCAAUAGGACACAGUCCAAAAGGAAUCCCGUUUCCGCUACCAAUAUGGAAGAAGAUGCCCCCGUCAGCUGUGUUUCUUGGGAUUUUGUGGAUCCAGCCCAAAGAGUCCCCUGCUCUUGUUCCAGGCACAAACUCCUGAAGCAACGCUGUGCUGUCGGCUCCAGUCGUCCGCCCACGAUAUCACAGCCGGGGUUCGGAGGGGGAACCACGUCCUCUUCCACCUUACCCCCUCCUGCCUCUAAGCACAAAACCACCGAGAGGCAGGAGAAAUCGGAGAAAGUUCAGAAGAGAUCGUUGCUGCCAUUUCAUCAUCGUCCUUCGGUCACCGAAGACCUGUGUCUGGAGCAGGACCCUUCGGGACAGAAGCUGGCCUUGGCCGGGGUGGAACCUUCCUUAGAAGCUGCAAGUAAUAGGAAGUACGAGAAGCAGCUGUCCCUGCCUCCCCGACACCCGAGCAAGCCAGCCAAUUCGAAUCCUAUGGAUUCUCCCCGUUCCCCCAUCUCUCCUCUGCCUCCGACCCUCAGCCCCCAGCCCAGGGGCCAGGAAUCCGACACGUUGGAUCCGUCGUCCGAUCCUGGCAAUCCAACCCUCUACAGCAAUGGGUUAGAACUUCAGCCCAUGGCCAGCGCGGAGGAUCGGACAGUCCUCGUGGGUCAAAGGUUGCCUCUGAUGGCCGAAGUCAGCGAGACAGCUUUGUACUGCGGUGUCGUACACAACCAGGAGUCAUCCAACAAAUGGCAGGGAUAUUUGCUUCCUCUCCCCAGCAAUCUAGAAUUCAGGCCUCCAGAACUCCAGUGUGAGAUCCACGACGUCAAGAUGGACGUGGCAUCGGAAAACAGUCCACUGAAAAGGUUCUUAGCACAGCCUAAUAAAAGAUUUAAAAUCAUGGAGGAGACCCAACCUGUGCAAGCAGUGAAUUAUCUGGACCCCUCACCGCUAAUUCCUCAAUCUGGCGAAUGCUUGGGAGAUGCCACUGACCCAUACACGUUUCAGGACGGGGACAUCAAAUACAGUUUCACGGGCACUAAAAAAUGCAAACUUGGGACUGACAGAGAAUCUCUGAAGAAGAAUAAGCCAGAAGACGGAACUGCAGCUAAAGAGCUAACUUCAGGAGGUCACUCAACCACCAUGCCGGAUGGGAAAGAUGCCAUGUCCAUCUUCAGUUCUGCACCUAAGACAGAUACGCGGCAAGAUAAUUCGGCUGGCCGAGCUGGUUCUGGUAGCUUAACACAAGUUACUGACUUGGCCCCUUCUCUUCAUGAUUUGGAUAAUCUCUUCGAUAAUUCAGAUGAAGAUGAGCCUGGUGCUGUCUCCCCUCCCCUCCGAUCAUCAAAAUUGCCACCGGUGGGAACCGAAGAGCGGCAUCUAAGCAAGGAUGCAAGGACAGCAGUUCCUUAUCCUCCGACUGUUGCAGACCUGCAGCGAAUGUUCCCCACCCCGCCUUCCUUGGAGCAGCACCCGGCUUUUUCACCUGUCAUGAGCUACAAAGACGGCAUCAGUUCAGAGACUGUCACUGCGCUGGGGAUGAUGGAAAGCCCGGUGGUCAACAUGGUUGCGACUCAACUCACUGAGUUUAAAAUGGAAGUGGAAGAUGGUUUGGGCAGUCCGAAGCCGGAAGAAAUCAAGGAUUUUUCCUUCGUGCACAAGGUAUCCAUGUUUCAGCCCUUUAUGGGUUCUUCCAUGUUUGCUCCGCUGAAGAUGCUGCCCAGCCAGUGCCUGCUCCCACUGAAAGUCCCCGAGGCCUGCAUCUACCGGCCCUCGUGGGCCAUUCCUCCCAAAAUCGAGCAGCUUCCUUUGCCGCCUGCAGCCACUUUCAUCCGAGAUGGUUACAACAACAUACCCAGCGUCGGAAGCCUGGCGGAUCAAGACUACCUUCAAAUGAACACUCCGCAAAUGAGCACUCCGGUCACGCUAAAUAGCACUGCGCCUGCCAGUAACAGUGGGGCAGGGGUCUUGCCGUCCCCGGCCACCCCUCGCUUCUCUGUCCCGACCCCACGCACACCCAGGACUCCACGGACUCCGAGAGGCGGGGGCACAGCCAGCGGGCAAGGGUCCGUCAAGUACGACAGCACGGACCAAGGCUCGCCGGCUUCCACGCCUUCCACCACCCGGCCCCUCAAUUCGGUGGAACCGGGCACCGUCCUGCCCAUCCUGGAAGCCCACAGCCUUUACGUCAUGCUCAUCCUCUCCGACUCCGUGCUGAACAUUUUCAAGGAUAGCAAUUUCGACAGCUGCUGCAUCUGCGCCUGCAACAUGAACAUCAAGGGUGCCGACGUCGGGCUGUACAUCCCCGAUUCGUCGAAAGAGGACCAAUAUCGCUGCACCUGCGGGUUCAGCGCCAUCAUGAAUCGCAAACUAGGGUACAACUCGGGCCUCUUCAUCGAGGACGAGUUAGAUAUUUUCGGCAGGACUUCAGACAUCGGCCAGGUGGCCGAAAGGAGGCUGAUGAUGUGUCAGAACACCUUAAUCCCUCAGCUGGGAGAAGGCGCCAAAAGGGUCCAGGAGCCGCCCGUGAGCCUCCUCCUCCUCCUUCAAAAUCAGCACACCCAACCUUUCACCUCCCUGAGCUGCUUGGAUUACAUGUCGGUCACGAGUCGGCCGGCGCUGUCUUACACGAGCUGGAGUUACGACAGGGUUCAGGCUGAGAGCCACGACUCCUGGAACGAGUGCUUCAACGCCCUGGAGCAAGGCCGCCAGUACGUGGACAACCCCACAGGUGGCAAAGUGGACGAAGCUCUUGUCCGAAGUGCUACCGUUCACUCUUGGCCUCACAGCAACGUCCUGGACAUCAGCAUGCUUUCCUCCCAAGACGUGGUGCGCAUGCUUCUCUCCCUCCAGCCUUUCCUUCAAGAUGCCAUUCAGAAGAAGAGGACCGGCAGGACCUGGGAGAACAUCCAGCAUGUUCAAGGACCCCUCACCUGGCAGCAAUUCCAUAAAAUGGCAGGACGGGGAACUUACGGUUCCGAAGAGUCACCUGAGCCUCUUCCAAUACCCACCUUGUUGGUUGGCUAUGACAAGGACUUCCUGACAAUCUCUCCGUUCUCCCUGCCAUUCUGGGAGAGGCUGCUCUUAGAUCCUUACGGAGGUCACCGCGAUGUCGCCUACAUCGUGGUGUGUCCAGAAAACGAGGCCUUGCUUGACGGAGCCAAAACUUUCUUCAGGGACUUAAGCGCCGUGUAUGAGAUGUGUCGGCUUGGUCAACACAAACCCAUCUCUAAAGUGUUGCACGAUGGGAUCAUGCGUGUGGGAAAGACGGUGGCCCAGAAGCUGGCCGAUGAGCUUGUGAGCGACUGGUUUAACCCACCCUGGGGCAAUGAAGAUUGUGACAAUCAUUCCAGGCUCAAACUUUAUGCGCAAGUUUGUCGUCACCACCUAGCACCUUACUUAGCUACUUUGCAACUUGAUAGCAGUCUGCUGACGCCACCCAAACAUCAACCGGCACCUCCAUCGUCAUCUAACGUGGAACAAACCACAUCUGGAAACGCAGGAUCGGUUUCCUCCAACUCGGCCUGUCUUGGAUCUACGGCUCCUUCGGCUGGCACAUCUUUCAGUUCCUCAGCGAACGGGACCACUGGUCUCCCGUUGGGUACCAGUACAGCCCCAGGCUCUUCAGUGCCCCAGCUCUUGGCCUCCUCCUCCUCCUCUUCCUCCUCCUCCUCCUCCUCCUCCAGUAUUAGCCAGACAAGUACUACCUCCUCUUCAGGGUUCAGCGGAGGCCUACCUCAAGGUCAAAACCCAACGUCCGGGGCAAUUCCCUCAGAGAGACCUCAAGGAAGCACAGUCCCAGGAGGAGAUGCAGAGGCAGGGCAAAUCUCAUCGCAGCAACCCCAAGAAGGGCAAGACAACUCUGCAGAGAGGGAGAGGAUAGGAAUCCCCACGGAACCCGAGUCUGCGGACAGCCAUGCCUACCCACCGGCUGUGGUCAUCUAUAUGGUGGAUCCCUUCACCUACACCACGGAAGAGGAAUCGUCUUCUGCCAGUUUCUGGUUGUUGAGCUUGAUGCGCUGUUACACCGAAAUGUUGGACAACCUCCCUGAAAACAUGAGGAGCUCUUUCAUUCUUCAGAUUGUGCCUUGCCAAUAUAUGCUGCAGACCAUGAAGGACGAGCAGAUCUUUUAUAUCCAGCACUUGAAAUCCCUGGCAUUUUCCGUCUACUGUCAGUGCAGGCGACCGCUACCCACCCAGAUUCACAUCAAGUCUCUGACCGGUUUCGGACCAGCUGCCAGCAUUGAGAUGACGCUCAAGAACUCGGAGCGGCCGAGUCCCAUUCAGCUGUACUCCCCUCCAUUUAUCCUGGCACCUAUCAAAGACAAGCAGACGGAGCUCGGGGAGACCUUUGGCGAAGCCAGCCAGAAGUAUAACGUGCUCUUUGUGGGGUAUUGUCUCUCUCACGAUCAGCGUUGGCUUCUGGCCUCCUGCACUGACCUGCACGGGGACUUGUUGGAAACCUGCAUUGUCAACAUUGAUUUGCCAAACAGAUCACGGAGGUGCAAGGUGUCAGCACGUAAAAUUGGCUUGCAGAAGCUAUGGGAAUGGUGCAUCGGGAUCAUCCAGAUGACGUCCCUUCCCUGGAGAGUCGUGAUUGGGCGCCUUGGACGGCUCGGCCACGGGGAGCUGAAAGACUGGAGCAUCCUGCUGGGAGAGUGCUCCCUGCAGACAAUCAGUAAGCAGCUGAAGGAGGUGUGUCGGAUGUGUGGUAUCUCCUCUGCGGAUUCUCCUUCCAUCCUCAGCGCCUGUUUGGUUGCCAUGGAGCCACAGGGGUCAUUCGUGGUGAUGCCAGAUGCCGUCACCAUGGGUUCCGUCUUCGGCCGGAGCACUGCCCUUAACCUCCAGUCUUCGCAACUGAACACACCCCAGGAUGCCUCUUGUACCCACAUCCUGGUUUUCCCAACCUCGGCAACCAUCCAGGUGGCUCCUGCCAAUUAUCCCAAUGAAGAUGGAUUCAGCCCUAAUAAUGAUGACAUGUUUGAUCUCCCAUUCCCGGAUGACAUGGACAAUGACAUUGGCAUCCUGAUGACUGGGAACCUUCACUCCUCUCCAAACUCUUCCCCUGUCCCCUCCCCUGGUUCUCCCGGAAUUGGGGUAGGACCAUCCUUUCAGCACAGUCGGAGCCAAGGGGAGCGUCUCCUUUCCCGGGAAGCCCCCGAAGAACUGAAGCAGCAGCCCCUCGCCCUGGGUUACUUCGUUUCUACUGCCAAAGCCGAGAACCUCCCUCAGUGGUUCUGGUCCUCCUGUCCUCAAGCUCAGAAUCAAUGUCCCCUCUUUCUCAAGGCAUCACUGCAUCAUCACAUCUCUGUAGCGCAGACAGACGAACUCCUUCCUGUCCGGACUUCCCAGAGAGUUCCCCACCCCUUGGACUCCAAAACCACAUCAGAUGUCCUAAGGUUCGUCCUGGAACAAUACAACGCAUUGUCAUGGCUGACUUGUAACCCGGCGACCCAGGAUCGCGGCUCUUGCCUUCCUGUUCACUUUGUGGUGCUCACCCAGCUCUACAACGCCAUCAUGAACAUCCUCUAAUCGCGGGAGACGGGGACGAGCCAAACCGCGUGAAGAAGACGCCCUCCCUCCCCCCCCCCUCGACUGGCCUGCGAAGAGUUCAGAUCCCGGUCUGAAGAAGCUAGAGCCGUGCUCCCAAUUCUCUCAAGAAAGCAGGAGAAUCGUCCUUCAGGGUGUAUCGGAGUCUACCAAAAUGGAACCUCUCGGCCCCUUUCCGAGCUCGGGUUUUCAGGCAGCAACCAGACGUGUUACAACUUUUAAGGCAGUGUUAAAAUUUUGGCUGGCUUGAACUCCCUUUACAGAACUAUUGGACCACGGUGAAGACGAUACGUCUUUCAUUUCAUUUCAUUCUUCUUCUUCUUUUUUUUUUCCUCCUCUUUUUUUUUUUUCUUUUCGGUGCACGGAUCUCUGCCGAAGAAAAACAAAAACGGUGUUGCGCUGACCAGUUUGGGGGUGGCCCCAAAGCUUUUCCUUGAAAAAACCAUUGACACCCGCAGGGCUGCGCCGAAGAACCGAUUCGACUAGUUGAAAAAAGUAUAUGGGAUUUUUUUUAAUUCAUUAUUAUUAUUAUUAUUAUUAUUAUUAUUAUUAUUAUUUUUGGGUGUGCCUGGAGAACUCCUUGACAGAAUGGAUUGGGAUGAAUGAAUGAAUGCGGGGUGUGUGUGUUUUUGUUUUUUGUUUUGCCCCCCCCCCCCCCCCAACAUCCAUGUAGAUACGAAUGAUCUGGAGACACACUGACGUUUUUCCAGUUUUUAUUGUUUUAUUUUAAUUUAUUUAUAGGGGCUAUUAAAUUAUAGAGGACCAGGUACAGCACGCGAUCCAAUUCCCAUCUCACCGAGCAGUGGGGUUAUUUUUUAAUUAUUAUUAUUAUUAUUAUUAUUAUUUUGGCAUACCUCUCACUUUUUAGGCUAGAAAUGGGUGGGGUGUGGGGAACGGGGAUGGAGCAGGGAGUUCAAAGGAGCCAUUGAGGAAGAACUCAAAAAGAGUCACAUUUUUUUUUUUCAAAAAAAGAAAAGAAAAUUUUUUUGGGGUGUGUGUAUGUGUGUGCGGACCCACUGAGUUAAAGGAGGAGGCCUGGCGAGAAUUUUAUUCAUUUUUUUUUUUAAGUAAACCAGAUUAACAACAAUGCCAUGCAAAAAAUAGCCAAGACCGGUGGAAAAAAAAUAACGGAAAACCACGCGAAAACAAGCCGCCUCCAAUCUGACAGCAAUCCAGAUGUGUUGGGGAAUCAUCACCUCGUCUACCCGGAAGCCGCCAGCAGCAGUGGGAUUGUGUGGGGGCAGGGGCUGGGAAUCAUGGGAGGUGUAGUUCAACAUGGCUGGAAGGGACAUAAUUGGCUGCUUCAAGUGUGGGGAAAACCCUCCCCCCCAAAAAAAAGGGGGGGCGGGGCUGGCGGAAAAACCAUUGAAAGGAAAGUUUAAGGAGGUGUUUCGAAUAGAAGAAUAAUUGGGUUGGAAGGGGCCUGGGAGGUCAUCUAGUCCAACCCCCUGCUUAAGCAGGAGACCCUGUACCAUUUCGGACCGAUGGCUGUCCAGUCUCUUCUUAAAAACCUUCCGGUUUGAUCAACGUGGAUUUUUUUUUUCCCCUUCUAGCAUCCCCAUCUUGGACAUCCAAAUUUUCGAAAUGAUGAUGUGCAUAUUCUUCCCUCCACCCCCCCACCUCUCCACCCCCCCAAAAUCUCCUUAAAGAGAAUUUCUCCCCCCCCCCCAAAAAAGCUACUUCAUUACAUUAAUACGGAAAAUUAAAAACAAAACAAAACCACCGUGUUGAGGGGGGGGGGAAAUAUAAGCCUGACUUAUUUAAAAUGUGUCGUCGGGAUUUGAUUUUGUUUGUUUUUUUUUUUUUUAAAAAAGCUUAAAGCCAUGAAAUUGUUUCAAUCGGGUCUCCAAACUUAGCGACUUGAAGGCUGGUGGACUUCAACUCCCAGAAGUCCUCUCAGCCUGGACAACUUGAAGCCUUGUGGACUUCCACCACUCCCAUAGCUGACCGGGGAAUGCUGGGAGUUGAAGUCCACAAGCCUUUAAACAGCUGCCCAAGCCCUGAUUUGAAUAACUCCUGGGAUUGGAGGCAUCUGAAUGGGGGCGUUCUUAUUUCUAGCGUGUGACAGGCUGAGGCUGCUUUGAGGGGGGGGGGAGAAAGAGGGCGGGACUUUUUGGUCGUCAAGGCCACCCUUAAAGGACCCUUUCGCAUUUUUGAAGUUCUUCCAAAUGUCUUCUCUUCUUCUGGUUAAACGAAAAAAGAAAAAAAAUGGAGAGAAAAUUUCUAUGAAUUUAAAUAUUUUUCUUGAAACGAUGAUGUAAUGUUUAAAUCAGAUUUAUUAUAAUUAUUAUUAUUAUUAUUAUUAUUAUUAAAAAAAAGUAAUCCCAUGAACGGUGGGAAAGGAUAGGUCAAAAGACCCUGUAAAUGGAUCACUCUUAUUAUUAUUCUCUGCUCCAGGCCGCCCACCUGGAGGAGUUUUGCAAUGUAUAGGAGGGGGGGGGGAUAAAUUCAGAUAUAUGGAAAAAAACCAUUUGUAUCUAAUGUAUACAGUGUAAAAUGGAUUUUAAAAAAAAUAUUACAUUGCUAUUUUUUCUUAAAUCGGAAAGGAAAAUUCUCAAGGCCUUUUGAAGCGCAUUAAAAGAUGAAGAUUGUAAACUUGUAUACAAAAAAAAAAUUCUUGGUGAGGAAAAACUAUGUAAAGUUAUCUUUUAACACUUUGGGGUUAUUUGUUCCCAAGAUUCGCCUGAAUUUUGGAUUAUAGUUGGGUUGGCUUCUUUUUAAAUGGGCUGUUUGUUUGUUUUUUAUUAAGGGGUGACUUCUCUCUAUCCCCCCCACCCCCCAGACA